CCUUUUAGGGAUUAGUGCUCCAUUGAAAGCGUCCCUGUAACACCCUCUCUGCGUUGCCCUCAAUAGUAGGAUUACUGCCGAAGUACUGCCAGAACCGACACCCUGUGUUUGGAGGGUAGAUACGGCUUGAGUUCGAGUCGAGCGGACGGGUGUUUAUGUGCUCCUGAAGUGUUGACAUAACUGUCAUGGUAACUAGUUUUCACAAGAGAGUAUACGGGAAAUAACUCUAGUGUAACGAUGACGUCCGAGUCCUCAGUCAAUCCACCCAGCAGUAAGCUCCCCUGGGGCACGAUCCUGAAGCCUAACUUCGGACUGGGUCACCAGAAGCUGAGCGAAGAGGAGAUCGAAGCUGUAGUGGCCAGGUUGAACCAAGUGUCGGAUUCAAAGGAACCGUCGUACGUCAGACCAAACAAAGACAUGAGUCAAGAGGAAAUAAAUGGAAUGCUUGAACGACUAACCAAAUGUAAAGAAAUUCCCGACAGUGACCGCCGUGUUGUGAAGUCCAUCUACAAAGAUAUGGGCGUGGUCGCAUCGUACGCAUGGAAGGGGUUUAACUAGGAGAGACAUGGAUUGGAUGCAAUACUUUCCGGGGAAGACACGUUACAGGUUAAGGAUGUACAAUGAGUGUGUGUAGUUAUGUGAACGGAAUCCGACGUUUCUGAGUUGUCUUGUCAUGAUACAUGAGCAUUAACUUAUUUUCAUAUGCAAGUCACUUCACCACUGUAAUAAACCACCUACACAAA